GCUUCUCACCGCGGUCAACUCCGGGAGAAAAUGUCUGGAAUUCCGUUUCCGCUUUAGGGAGUGGACAGAUUUCUCCCUUCAUCGCCCCAGUUUGCUCGGUUCUGUCCCGGACUAACGACGAUGGCCUCUUCGCCUCAGAAGUCUCCGUCUUCCCCCAAAUCCCCGACGCCCAAGUCCCCGUCCUCCCGCAAGAAGGACGACUCCUUCCUGGGGAAACUUGGAGGAACUUUGGCGAGAAGGAAAAAGGCGAAAGAAGUGUCUGAGCUUCAGGAGGAAGGAAUCAACGCCAUCAACCUUCCUCUCAGCCCGUCACACUAUGAGCUGGACCCUGAAGACACCAUGUUGGAGGAGAAUGAAGUUCGCACCAUGGUCGACCCCAACUCCAAGAAUGACCUAAAGCUGCAGGAGCUCAUGAAGGUGUUGAUCGACUGGAUAAACGAUGUUCUGGUGGGAGAGAGGAUCAUCGUGAAGGAUCUGGCCGAGGAUCUGUACGACGGGCAGGUUCUGCAGAAGCUGUUCGAGAAGCUGGAAGGUGAGAAGCUGAACGUGGCCGAGGUGACGCAGUCGGAGAUCGCCCAGAAGCAGAAGCUGCAGACGGUUCUAGAGCGAAUCAACGACUCGCUCAAACUCUCCACCAGAAACAUUCGCUGGAACGUGGACUCGGUUCAUGCUAAGAGCAUAGUUGCCAUUCUCCACCUGCUGGUGGCGCUGUCGCAGCACUUCAGAGCACCAAUCAGAUUGCCCGACCACGUUUCCAUCCAAGUGGUGGUCGUUCAGAAGCGAGAGGGAAUCCUUCAGUCCCGACAGAUUCAAGAGGAGAUCACAGGAAACACAGAGGCCUUCUCUGGCAGACACGAGCGCGACGCCUUCGACACCCUGUUCGACCACGCGCCAGAUAAACUCAACGUCGUGAAGAAGACAUUGAUCACAUUUGUGAACAAACAUCUGAACAAGCUCAACCUCGAGGUGUCGGAACUGGACACACAGUUCGCAGACGGGGUUUACCUGGUGCUGCUCAUGGGUUUGCUGGAGGGAUACUUCGUGCCGCUCUACAACUUCUUCCUCACUCCAGAGAAUUUUGACCAAAAGGUCCACAACGUGUCCUUCUCCUUCGAGCUGAUGCAGGACGGAGGUCUGGAGAAACCAAAGCCCCGACCAGAGGACAUUGUGAACUGUGACCUGAAGUCCACCCUGCGCGUCCUCUACAACCUCUUCACCAGGUACAGGAACGUGGACUGAGCUCUCCCUCCCUGGAACACACCAUUAUCAAAACUGUUGGUUUCUCACCUUCUGCUUGAUGGAGAAACGUGUUUUUAUCCGAACUGCAUGCGUCACACUUUGUAUCUGCUGAGCGAUGCUCCACUCGAACCUGAAUCCUGCAGAGACGUUCAGCUUCUGGCUUCUUAUGUAGAAACUUGGCAUUUUCUGAACCGUCCUGCAGAAAACGAUCAACUCGAUGAAACUGGUAUUAUUAACGUUGAUUAAAAUCCAGUUUCACGUCCGUCAACUCGCUCACUGGGAAUGUUGUGAUCAUCAGAUAUUCUUAUUCUUUUAAAGGAGAGAAUUUGUAAUGAACGUUUCCUUGUAUUUAUUCUUCACUCUAUCUUCCUCUCUCUCUGCUCUUGUUUGUGUUUAUUGAUAAGUGCCUUUAUUUAAACGGCAGCUCCUUCGUAUCGGAACUCGUCUUCUCUCCUCUCGUCUUAACGCUGCACGUCUCUUUUUGGAUGGUGUGGAAAGUAUUUGACCAAAGUUGUGUUAUACUCACACUCCUUAUAAAGGCUUGUUUUUGUAUUAUGUGCUGUCUUAUUCUAAAAGGAAAUACACAUGAGCAUUGUAUAAUCACUCUGCUGCUUAGUACGUUAUAUUUGUAAUACUUAUUGGUUCUCACUCAUUUCUGCAGGAUAAAUAAAAUGUGACUGAAUAUACAGUGUUGUCUGCAGCAUUGUGUGUGUUUGUGUUUGUGUGAACUUCAAACGCUGACGACAUCAUGCUUCUAUUUAAGUCUUAAUGCAUCACAUUCAAUAAAUCAUUCAGCUCCUCAA